UGAUGACGAGAAUCGCGAUUGUCAGUCCAACCGGUAUCGUCGAGAGAUGUGAUCCUGAUGACAUACAGUCGCAGUCAUCACCCCAUACUAGAUAUCAACGUGUGCUCAAAGCAGUGACAUCAAGCGAUAUCGCACCAUUAUGACGUACCGAUGAUACAUCACAUGACCCGCACAUGCGCGAUCCUUUGUCGUGUUUCGACUCGAGAACGUUGCUUCCUGUUUUGUGGCUUGCGGUAACAGUCAUAUAAACCCUUGCCUGACCAAAGAAUUCCCAUAGUUCGAUCAGACUCGAUUUCUACAUUGAUCGACGCAUCUUGAUCACAGAAUAACUACACAAAGCCAACAUAAAAUGGAACGCGACAACAACAGUGACCUUGGAGGAGUCAUGGAUACAUCGUCCCGUGCAGGUAGUGUUUGGAACAGCAUCGGCUCCGUUCUAGCUACCGAACGGUCCCAUGGUUCCUCCUCGAAAAGGAGUGAUGACAGUGAAUCCUUCGCGUCUAAACACGGCAGUCCUACCGUUCCCGGCGCAGGACCUGCCAGUGAUGUCGACUCGACGAGCAGUACUGCCGCGAAGGCGAUGGUCGGAGGUCAAAACUUGCAGACUGAAUAUGAAAUUCCUACAGACUGGUACAACCUUGAGAAGAAGAUUCAGCUCCCCUUCAGUUACGUCCGACCCUUCAAGGCGCCGGAGGGAUGCGAAAAGCACGUCGAGUAUGGAUUCAUGACGCUUUUCAGGCCGUCUUCACAUCCCGAUUGGGACCGCGAGAUAUAUGUCUACUUCGACGUGAAGCCUUUCAUCUUCGCGGAACAACAGAGUCAAGCAAAACAGGACGGAAUACCGAUGGACCAAUCUUUGUUGCUGCGGCGGUUCCGAUCUGAUUUGGAAGACGAAGCGGGUUUGGAAAUCCUCCAAACCCUGGUCGAUGAUUGGGAACCGUACGGGUUAGGACCUGCCAAAAUAAAAGCUUUGUCACACGCUUUCGCUCUGCACCGGAAUGGGCUUUUUUCAAAGCUUAGGAACGCCAGCUUCGAGGCGACCGAGAGUUCGGUUGAGUCGUCUUCGCCUGGCGCUUCAAAUAAAGGAAAAGACUCAUCAUCGAUUCACUCUGACAACAGCGUGCAGACUGUCAUCAGAUACCGGCCGUCAUCUUCUUCAGCCGAGAGGUACGAGGAGGAUGAUGAUGGCAAACACUUCAUCUCGCGACCACAGUCUUCGGGACUAUCGGUCGGAACCCUGACAGACGCAGACGAAUCCGUCGCAUCAUCAGAGGAGGGAAUAUUGCGAAUUUUAUCGGCGGAUUGCGACGGAGAGCCUGUCUACGAACCCGCGAGGGACGAUGAACUGUGGAGCCGCCUGAAGGUUGAUCUGAAGAAACGCCUGGGACUACAAAACCUUCCGCCCAACUGGUGGAAGUCACACGAGACGUUCGAGCUUGGUCGUGUGCCCCCACCUGCGCGGUUAUUCGAAGGAGGCAAACGUUCUGCCGGUCAAGGCUAUAUCACCUUCUACUGGUUGGGUACGAGUCCCUGGUCCCCUGAGUUAUCUGUUCCAUACAGCGUUAUGAUCUAUCUGGACCCCAAGCAUUUUCGUUGUAGGGCCCAGAUGGAGCUGGCGGCGAAAUACGGGAUCCCUGAGGACUGCUGUUUGAGUCUCGGUGGCAAUGGUGCCCAUACAACGCGGGAACUCCUCAACAGAAUACGAAAUCAUUGGAAAGCUAGUUGGGAUGGUUGGGAGCUUGAUUUUGCCACUAGAGAGUCACUGUGGUCCGCUUUUCUGUUGCAUUGGUAUGACCUUGAGCAAACCCUAUCCAGGGAAGGGAGCGAAUGA